GUACCAUCUGUCUAUAGCAGACAAGGACCACUGAGAUAAGUAACAUCAGCUUCCCUGUCUAUAAUACAUCAAGUCAGCUAGCUUAGCCACAUGUAGCAUCAUAUUAGUCUAACAUGGCAAUUAAUUGUAUAGAUAUAUAUGUAUGUGGCUUGAAAUCUUGCACCGUUCUAUGAUAUUACUUGUCAGUGCAGCGGCCGGUAGGUACAGCUCUCACAUUUCACAUUCAACGAAACAUUCAAGUCAUGACACAUGGUUUGGAACAUGUACAUGCAAUGUAAAUUUUAUAUUUCCAUAUACGUGUAUGCGUUAUCUAAAGUUGACAAUGCGCGCAAACAACAAGUCUCCGAAAAAGAUACAAUGUUGUACACUGCUUCUGAAAUCAAGGACGACACCGACUCCAAACGUUCUAUCGACCAAUCGACGAACCGGAUACAGUGUGAGUGACACGCUAAAUCAACCGUUCGGUUUGUUGACGCCGUGACGAUUUUGAUUGUGAGACCCGUCGCCUGAUUGGUUAAUAGCAGUUUAUACCUAUAUAUAUAUCUAUAUAAGGUCAUUACACCUUUCCUCCACUUUAUAAUAUCUACUGCGUCUUUACGAGAGAAAAUUGAUUAGCCAUCAAUUAUGUAUGUCGUUUGAUAUAGUUUUCGAGUGUAAAAGUGCUCUUGGCUUAAAAGUGACGAAACUUAUUAUAGAUGAAGUCUGCAGGUGUAAACGAAACAUCGUAAAGUGUCGGAUUUUACUGUCGACAAGUCUAUACGUCGUAAACUGAGAGAAUUUACUAUUCGACAAGCGUACCUUUGUUUGAUCUUGUUCGAUUUAUUUUGUUUAAAUCUCUCGUCUGGCCACCUGUUACUAUGUGACGCGUUAUCCUACGUUAGAAGGGAAGAUAAAUUAGCCUUCUGAUCCACCUCUCAAAGACACUUGCCUUUCACGGACAAUUAUCGUAUUCGUGUUUCCUUGAAACCAUGGCGGAUUUUCUAAAAUUUCACAAAUCAAAACUCCAAGUAACAGUGCUGAUUUUAAUUAUGAUUACAAUGGCUGUAAUGUACGAAGGUGACACCAUCCAUCGGCCAGCCAUUUUGAGAAAAGUGUCACAAUGGUCCAGCCGUGCUGGGUUUGGAAAAUACUGGGCUUUGGACGAAACUACUACAAGUACAAGCACUAGCAUUGAACCGUCAUCAUCUACAGCCCCACCAUUGAUCCUGCGAAGGAAUUUUCAGAAACAUUACAACUUCGGAGAGCUCCACGAGGACAGAAGGAGGACUCUGGAACAUGUCUGUGACAGAAGUACACACGGCUAUUACGGGAAGUCGAAAGGAUCUACCGUGGCGAAAAGACUGGUGAUCGACCACAAGCACCAUCUCGUCUAUUGUGCGGUUCAAAAAACUGGAUCAACAUUUUUAAGAAGUCUUAUGCGCGUUGUUGGUAGAGAAGGAGUGAAAAAUGUCGACACUCGAUCGAUGAUGUCUAUUAAGGAAAAGGAUAUAGACUUAACAGAAUUCCAUUAUAUACUUUCCAGCUCGUUUAAGAUGAUGUUUACUCGUGAGCCAUAUAGUAGGCUGUUUUCCGGAUAUGUCGAUAAACUCUUCACUGUAAAUACAUUGUACUGGAAGGUUACAGGUACGUACAUUAAAAACAACAUUUUGAAACCUAAAAGUAAACGCCCAACUCAGUGUGGACAUGGUAUAACGUUUCCUCAAUUUAUAAAAUACGUCAUCGAAUCGGAGAGAACAGGAGUACACACCGAUAGGCACUUCACGCCAAUCUACGAGCACUGUCGACCGUGUCAGAUACCUUACGAUUUUAUAGGGAAGAUGGAAACGUUUGCGAACGAUUCCCUUAUUCUGCUGAACGCUUGGAACAAAAGAUACGGUAUAAAUAUAACAUAUGAUGAUUUUGAGGUUGACACGGCUUUACAGCGGUCAAUAUCACAUACCGGCCGUCUAUACAGCAUGCGAACAAAAAUGGAAAAGUGCAUUUCAUUUCAUAGUGGCAUGCAGAAAAUAUGGAGGGAUCUUCAAAUUCGAGGAUUUUUAUCAAAACAAUCUAGAUUACCGUUUACAGAGUCAGAAGCUGCAGGUGUAAAUAGAACACAACUUUCGGACGCUUUGACAAAAGCUUUCAAAAGUACAACCGACCGAGCAGCGACCCGUAAGCAGAAAAAGGAGGCUCUGGUAGAGGCAUACCGACAGGUUCCCAUGGAAGACCUGGUAAAACUCCGGGAAGUGGUACGGCCUGACUGUGAACUGUUUGGCUACAACGUUUCGCCGGAUUACAUCUUUAACCGUAGCGAUUCAUCUUACGCUUCGAGUUCCUUUAGAUAUUUCGAUAUCGACGUCUGAUUCCUGUGAAUGUUGGGUUAUUUGUGAAUCAUGUGUAUUAUGAAUUGUUUCAUUAACAUUCUUUAUGAACUUCCGGGAAAAGAUAUUUUCGUUUUCUUUAUUCAUGAUUUGGAUUAUUUCAUAUGAAUGAUUGUGAUACGUUGACGCAGACUUGGUGAUAGAGAUGACCUUAUAUUUGCCUACAGUAGAACAGGUAGCAUUAACGUGAUUCUCUCAACGUGAUUUUCACCAACAACGUCGAUGUGUUCAUAUACAAUAUUUCACUAUUGCAAUUAUGAUUUAAACACAAUACAAGAGAGAUCCAUUUACAGACAUUUAGCCCUUUGGUGACUAUGUACGAGUUAUUAAAUAUUUACUACAAGUCGUAAAACACAACAGUUUCAAACUGGGUACAUCAGACAGUCACUAUUUAAUAAAUAAAAGCACCUCAUCAGCAACGUAAGGGACCAUCAUAUUAGAGUGCCAAUAAAUGUAAUGUAUAUGUGAAAUGUGAAGAAGAGUAAGAUAAGGAUCGCUGCUGAACCCGUGUCAGAGGAUAAUUUUAGAAAAGAAGAAACUGUAUCAAUAGUUUUUUCAAUCAGUUUCCAGGUUGAUGCAUUUAACGGUAAAGCAGAAUACGAUUCGUGUUAACCCUCGUGCAGUAAUAUUGCUGAAGUCUGUUGUCAUUUUUGUGUGGUUAAUGCCGAUAUGGAAUUUUCCUACGCCAUCUUGAAAAUUAAAAUAUGUUUGGUAUACUGUGUAUACCUGUAUGAAAUAUUGCAUUCG